AUCGGGAUCAAAUACGUCAAUAUAAGUCAUAUGAAAGAUAACAUCUUCCGUUCAUAGUUCUAACAAAUCACUACGUGUUUGAAAAACAAAAUCAAGAUGUCAUUGUCAUCAGAGUUGGCAGCAGGUUCCAUGGAGGAGCACGAUCUUAAGUUUGGCGAAAAGUUUGUUGCAAAGCCAAAAGUUGCCAUACCAGAAAAUGAUAUAUCAAUAACUCAACGAAUGAUAAGUGCAUGUCUGGGUUCACUCAUAACCUCAUUGGUAGUCACACCAUUUGAUGUGAUUAGAAUCAGAAUCCAACAACAAGAGAUCUUACCGCAGGAUACAUGUUGCCACAAUUCGCUUAAGGUGGAAAGUGUUCCAGCUACCGGCAGAAAUACCUUGGUGAAACACAUGGCAUCCCCUUCCGCAAUGGCUAAAGCUGCAGAAGCUACUCCUGAACUCUUUUGGAUGCAUAACAGAUAUUGCAAAGCAGAGAAUUGUUCUCGAAUAACAUCUACGUUUCAAGGGUUUGCAUGUGUAGCUAAGAAUGAAGGUGUAGGGACACUUUGGCGUGGUCUUUCGCUUACAUUGUUCAUGGCUAUUCCAUCCAAUAUCAUCUACUUUACCGGAUACGAGUAUAUCCGUGAUCAUUCCCCAAUUUCAAACCAUCCGUUAAAUCCAUUGCUUUGUGGCGCGUUUGCCAGAAUAAUGUCAGCCACAUUUAUUGCCCCUGCAGAAUUAAUAAAAACUCGAUUACAAUCCAUCCCAUCCGAUCUGAAAACCUCGUCAAAAGUGUUGAAUAAUUUAUUGAAGGACCUGUUUUCUCUCGUACGGCAAAAUGGAGCUGGUACCUUAUUCAAGGGAUUGCAAAUCACAUUGUGGAGAGAUGUGCCAUUUUCAGGGAUAUACUGGUCGUGUUAUGAAUUAUUCAAGAGUCGUAUCGGACAUGCUUUAAAUGCGGAUUUUGACAAUAGUAGGGGUACUAAUGACUGGAAAGUAUUUGCAACUUCAUUCUUUUCAGGAUCAAUUUCUGGUACGGUGGCUGCAUUCUUUACUAAUCCAUUUGAUGUUGGGAAAACAAGAUUACAAAUUACAUUCGAAGAAGGUCAGAAACCGGGUGGUUACAACAGAAACAUGUUUAAAUUCUUGAUUAAUAUUUAUAGAAGAGAAGGAAUUGGUGCGUUGUAUGCUGGGUUUGGUCCUCGAGUAAUGAAGAUUGCGCCUGCUUGUGCCAUAAUGAUUUCAUCAUAUGAAAUUGGUAAAAAGUUUUUUAAAGAUGGCAAUAAUCAUAAUUAAAUUCAUGUACAUAAGAAGAAAUAGAAUUUUUUUUUGAAUAUUUAUAGAAUUAUAUAGAAUUAUAAUAUGUUCAGGUUG